UUUGAUUUGUCCUGUAAAACUUUUACAAUCACUUUAAUUUAGGCAAAUUGAUAGAAAAUGGGGAUUUGUGCUGACAGGAUGCACCUUUUAAAUCUGUACCAGCAAGAAAACCCCAACCUCAAAGAUUUGUAUCUGCAGCCUGCUCAUCAAGGAUUAGUGAGAAAAUGGGAAUUAUCGAAGGAGAUAUAUCAUUCAAGUUUGAAAUAAUUUUGGACCUAAUCUCAGAAUGAUUUUCAUAGCUGCCCUAAGAAGUCUAAAAGGCACUUCCCUCCAACAUGUCCUCAGUGCCACUACACUCAACUGCUAUGUUCAAGUAACAACAAAAUAGUCCAACCAUGCUGUCAAGGUCCUUUAGCCCAUGAGCUUUCACUUGCCGAACUUCUCUAGUCCCUGACUCGGAAUUGUCCACAGUUUUCCAAGUUAUAUAGACUCCAUGCAUUCGUCUGUCAAUGAUCUUCUUAUCUUUCAUAGGCUCGGUUGUUUUACCUGUCUCGCUCUCUUCCAACACUCUCCUUCUCAAAAUGAAGAAUUUUUCGUACCUGUCUUUUCCCCACUCUACUUCGAAAACCAAACUAUCACCUCCACUCCCUGCUAUUCGAGGGAAACACAAACCUGUAUCAGAUAAAGCUGACAGCAGGAAAAAUCCUGACUAUGCACAGUGCAGGAUUGAAAAGGAGCUAAAACGUGGAUUAAAGGACCCUCCCAUCAAUUGCUCGUAUGGACCUAUUGGAGACAACAUAUUCCAAUGGGAAGGAGCCAUUAUAGGACCUUCUGAUACACCAUUCGAACAUGGUGUCUUCUUUCUUUCUAUCGACUUUACUGCAGAAUACCCUUUUGUCCCUCCCAGGAUCAAGUUGAAAACUAAGGUAUUUCAUCCAAACAUCAGUCAAGAUGGAACUGUAUGUGUGGACAUUCUUGGAUCCCAAUGGACCCCUGCACUGACCAUUGAGAAUCUGUUGCUCUCCAUUUGCUCAUUGCUUCCAGAUCCAAACCCUGAAGAUCCAACAAGUCCUGUUUGCAAACUUUACAGGACUAACAGAGAGGCUUACAACAAGAAAGCAAGAAAAUGGACUAAGAUGAAAAUCAAGCAAAGAGGCAUCCAGGCCACGGUGAAAGGAUUUCAGUGAAACAGUGAUUGAUCAAAUGGUUAGCAGGUGGACUUAACUUUGGAUGUUCAUGUAUUACAGUGGUUAUCAAGGGAGA